GUAUGGCGGCAAGCCCUGCGACAAGGCCACCUUCGAAAAGGAGGCUGCGAACUGGGACGGAAUCGGGCAUGAAAUGGUUUGCAACGGGCAGCAGUGCCCCCUGGACUGCAGCUGGAACGACUGGGGCGACUACAGCCCAUGUAGCGAUAGCUGUGGCGGAGGCAAGAAGGCGCGCCGCCGUACCUCCACUCCUGCGAAGUGGGGUGGCCUUCCGUGCAAGGGCGAGCCCAACGAAACUGUAGCUUGUGCUGUGGAGCUCUGCCCAGUGGAUUGUCAGUGGGGUGACUGGCAACCUUGGAGCGAUUGCUCCCAACCGUGUGGCGGUGGACGGAAAGAGCGGCAGCGAAGCAUUGCGGUGCAGGGCGGCUAUGGUGGUGUGAUGUGCAACCCAUCCGCCAAGGAGGCCAUUGACUGCAACGUAGCCGACUGUUCUUCUGACUGUGUUUGGGAAAGUUGGAGCGAAUGGAGCAAGUGUUCCGCUAGCUGCGGCGGUGGACGCUCCAAUCGCAGCCGGCAGCUGGAGAAGGAGGCGGAGGGGGAAGGCAGUUGCGCAGGUAAAGCGAAGGAAGAUCGUGAAUGCAAUCAGGAUCCUUGCUACAAUGGUUGUCUCCUCAGUGACUGGUCGAUGUGGUCGCCGUGUUCAAAGACUUGCGGACCAGGGCAACGAACCAGGCAGAAGUCCCUUAUUAAGGAGCCCAUGAAUGGCACAAAGUGUUCGGCAGCCAACGACACCGAAGACUGUGUCACAGUGGAGCUAUCUGAGUGCAGUCCCACAGAGGACAAGGAAGGCAAAAGAGGUAUAGACAGCAAGGCUGGCAACGCAACCAACGCAACCAACGCAAGCAAGGCUGCAGAUUCUGCGCAGAACACCACUGCCGCAAAGACGACCUCUGCUAAUGCAUCCGGCAACACCUCGAACGCUCCAAAGGCACAAGAGGCCGACGCAAAACUCAAAGCCAAGGGUCAGGUUGGAGAGGCCGACGAGAGCGACUCUCCGAAGACGCUGGACUCAAAGAGGCCCUUCAGCAGAGAUGGCCAGGCAGACCUGGGUGGCGAUGGCAAUUGGAUCACCACGAACUUCACAGAUGGUGGCACCAUCAAUGUCUCGGAGUCAAACAAGUCACUUGAGACGAACCUGACGGAUCUCUUGGCCCGAGCAGCAGAGGGUGGAGUUUCACAUUGCAUGGUCUACCAACGGCAGCCGGACGUACCCAAGAUGCAGCAGAUGGAGGUCUUCGAGCUCAAAGGGACACGCACCAUCGACGACUGCUGCUAUCGCUGUACCUAUCACAAUCCCAGUGGCGACGAGGAUAAGGAAUGCACUGCUUUUCAAUUCAUGGAGUCACCCUCGGGGGCCCGCUACUGCGUGCUGGCGAGUGGAACAGCCUACAACGCCUCGAUGGCAGAUCCUCAGGGCCAGUGGUUGGUAAAGAUGCCAAAAAGCGAAUGGCCUGCGAGCUACGUGACCUCGACCUCAACAACUACAGUCACUACAGUCACUACUACCACGGUGACUACCACGACCGUCACGACCACCACAACCACAGUGACGACAACCACCGAAACUCAAACCACAACUACUUUCACGAAGACAACCAGGACCAUGACCAUUCCAAACACAACAACCACUACCAAUGCAUCUGCAAAGUCGACUGAAACAGAGACAUCCACAACGACAACUGGCAUCACAACAACCAUCACAUUGACCACAAGCGAAGAAGAGAGAGAUUUCCAUGAAAUGGGCGCCCCAGAGGAAGAGGCAAAGAUUCCGGAAGCGCCGAAAGAACCGGCACAGUGGUUGGUCGGGGUGGCCACAAGGACUGAAAGCUGCGACGCGACCUGUGCAUCAGUGGGUGAACAGUGCGAUUUCGCACACUUGAAGGCCACAGCCGACUCACAGCGAGAGACACAGAUAGCUUUCGCACAAGCCGGUUUCUCUUGUCUGAGCUUCGGCACGGGCUGCUCCCCGGAGGACUGUCCUAGCUGGGGCGCUCCAUUUUUGCACCAGAGUUUCAUGGAUGGCUCCACUCGCCAGCGAAAUGGCCAGGGAGACCCGUGCUUCCUGGGAAACGAUGUUGCAUCUUGUGAUCAAGUUCCAGCGGACCUCAACCAUCGUCGCCUGUGCCCUUGCAGCGUUAAGAAUGCCAACGAGACCGUGGUCGGGUAUGAAGUUUUGGAAGUCUCCAAUGUCCAGACUUUCCUCAGCUCAAAUGCCAUCAAGGACUCGAUUAUCGAAGCAGUGGCUCUCUUAGCCGACGUUCCAAAAGCGGCCGUGAAGGUUUUCUUGCAAUAUCUGAAGACCGAAAACGACCCCGAAGCUGCUGCACAGCCGGGCUCUGUGGUCAUGGUGCAUGUGAUCAAUGCAUCAGCUACUUGCAAGACGCCAGAAGUUAUUCGUAUGGCGCUGGAAGCUGAUGCUCGUGCGGACACAGUAGACAAGGUGCUGAAGCCUUUGCUUGAAGCGGAGGGACCCUUCGAGGAAGUGGGUCCAGGCUCAUGCAGAGAUGCACAAGGGAAUGAGUACGAUGUCUUGAGCCACGAUGCGCUUGACACGCUCAAGGGUUGCAAAGAUGCGUGCAUGCUAUUCACUGCAGCGAAGUGCCAUGGGUUCAACUUUGAAGCAGGACGGUGUCAGCUGCGCAUGGAAGAUGGCUUCGCGGAGGCCUCUGGGGACUGGAAGCUGUCCUGGGAUGCUGGCACAGCACAAGGCAGCGUCGCCAGCGCAUCGGAAGGCACUGCCAGGUGCUUUCGACGGACAGAUGUGAAAGAUCUGAAAGCAACCGACAACUCUACGGAAACGGAGCAAGACGAGAGCAUUUUGUCCAGCAUUGCUGACUUCGUGCCGAACAUUGGCAAUAUCUUCUCCGGCUUUGGGAACCUCUUCCGCUGA